AACUGGGGCUGAUAACUUUUUGUUGAGCGCCUAUCGUGAAUCAGACACUGAGUGCCCUGAGCGUUGGAGAAACGAGUGAAUGAAGCCAGGAGCAAGUUAUUCGGUGUGCACGUUAUCUAGUGUGGCUCUUGCCCUGGUCCCCGUGGGUGGGUGGUCUAUUCCUAACCUGAACAUUUCUGGAGACCCAGAGAUGUGAAGGACUGCCGGGAUUAUGCUCUCCCAGAGUCUCUCUGGAGUGCAGAUCCCUUGGCUGUGUGGCCACAACCCCCCUUCCUCUAAGGCCUUCCCCGACCAUAUAAGGAGAGGCAGCUGCUGGGGGCGUCCCCAGUAUCUAAAGAUAGCGGUCUCUGCUUCGGACUCCAAACGCCACCGGGUAGCAGGAGCCGCCAUGGCAAGGCAGCAUGCCAGGACGCUGUGGUAUGACAGGCCCAAAUAUGUGUUCAUGGAGUUUUGUGUUGAGGAUAGCACCGAUGUCCACGUGCUCAUCGAAGACCACCGCAUUGUGUUCAGCUGCAAGAAUGCGGAUGGAGUGGAGUUGUACAAUGAGAUUGAGUUCUAUGCUAAGGUGAACUCCAAGGACUCCCAGGAUAAACGCUCCGGUCGUUCCAUCACUUGUUUUGUGAGGAAAUGGAAGGAGAAGGUGGCCUGGCCUCGACUCACCAAAGAGGAUAUCAAACCGGUGUGGUUGUCUGUGGACUUUGAUAACUGGAGAGACUGGGAGGGGGAUGAAGAGGUGGAGCUGGCUCAGGUGGAACACUAUGCAGAGCUUUUGAAGAAGGUCAGCGUCAAGAGACCUCCCCCUGGCAUGGAUGACCUGGAUGAUGAUUCUGACAGUGCUGAUGCAACAAGCACUUGAGUAUGGCUCCAUCAGAUGGCAGGAUAGGAGAGUAGACUGGUGGGGCUCCUGACUUCCUACCAAUUGGCUAUAAUCUUUGUGCUUGGGCCACUCAUCGGGGCUCUCUUGAGUAUUCGAGCAUGUGUGUGUGGUAGAGCAAAAGCCAAAGAAGCAGCAUAUAGAUUAUAAUAAAUCUGUAAGAACAAUUCUCUGUCUCCUUUCUUCUUGCACUUCUUCCUCCUGGAGGCAAACCUCUUCUACCUUUAUUGUUCCUCUCAAGGGGUGGGGUGGGCGUUGCAGAUCCUGGUCCUCACUGCUGAGAUUGGAAACAGAAAGAUCUUGGGAGUAGGCUUGUAACCUACAUGGGACUUCCCCAUGCCUACAUCAAUGCUUAUGUCUCAGACCAGACACCAGCCUUUCUCUGUACCCCUAGAACCAUGUAAAUUCUGCCACCCCUAGAACUAGCCAGAAACCCACCUCAGCUUCCUGCAUAAUCCAGAAAUUUCUUUGCACUUUAAUAGCUAAUUGUUACAUUAGUUAAUGCCUAUAUCUGUUUGCUCUUCCAUCCAUUAUCUACCCCAUUCAUCCACGAACAUUUUUUUGAGUGCCUAAUGUGUACUUAAACUGUGACUUAGACAAAAUGCCGUACCCACACUUUGCCCUUGAACUCAUGGUAAAGUACUGAGAUUUGUUUAAAAAAUUAAACUUCAAAAGUUUAUGUCAAUCAUAUAUAGAUACAGUUUAAAAAUUAAAAUAGUAUAGAAGGGUAUAAAAUUUAAAGUUGAAUUUGUACUCCUUUAAGAGAGGUAACUACUGUUAAUAGUUUCUCUGAUAAAUUGAUAUAUCUGUAUAUGUAUAUACACUGUACACAUAACUUGCAUUAAUACUUAUAGCUUAUGUAAUCAUAUUGUAUUAUAUAGUUAGCUGAUAUAUAAAACAAUACAUAUGAAACAAACAUACAGUUACUUACAUAUAGGAUAAUAUCUAUUAAAUCUUGGGGCGCCUGGGUGGCUCAGUUGGUUAAGCAACUGACUUCCGCUCAGGUCACGAUCUCACGGUUUGUGGGUUCGAGCCCCACAUUGGGCUCUGUGCCGACAGCUCAGAGCCUGGAGCCUGCUCUGGAUUCUGUGUCUCCCUCUCUCUCUGCCCCUCCCCCACUUGUGCUCUUUCUCUCUCUCUCUCUCUCUCUC